AUUUAUAGUAACUGUUUUCCCUUCGCGCAUCUCACCACCUUUUUUCAUGCAAACUAGCACUGUCGUACUCAUGCCUGCAAUUCUGGGAUGCAAAGGCGACAACUUCAGGUUCAUGCAGCCUUCAUACUGACAUAAAGGAUUCCUUGUUUUGGCAGGGGAGGUGAUUGCACAACAAAACAGGGGAGGUGAAAUGGUGAUGGAAGAGGAAGAGAUUUUGGGGCUAUUUGAAACAUGACUCAUGAGUGCUCUUCUAGAGGACCCUGGCUGGGCUGAACUGCACCCACAGCACUGUACAGACACUCCAUGGCCUGGUAUUCAAUGUGAGAUUGGUGAUCAAGAUCCUCCAAUCUUUCAUGUAACAAAGAUCCAUAUUGGCCCUGAUGUUGUCACCCCACCCUGCAAAUCCUCCUCUAAUCUAUCAGAUUCCCUGUUCAAGCUACCUUUUCUGAAGACCUUGUCUAUAUUCAACUGUUUUCUAACAUCUCCUGUCACUCUUUCUCCGAAGCUUUUUAGUGCAACCACUUCCUUGGAGCAUUUAGCUCUUGUAUCCAAUCCACCCCUCUCCGGAGGAAUUCCACCAAGCAUAUCAGAAAUUGUCAGCCUAAGGGUCCUUAAUCUGGCACAAAACAACCUGCAGGGAGAAAUCCCAAAGGACAUUGGUGGGUUGGUCAGCUUAGAGCAACUUGAUUUGAGUUACAACAAUUUAAGUGGCGAAAUCCCAGAAGAAAUUGGUGGGUUAAAUGGUUUGACCAUCUUGGACUUAAGCUGGAAUGUCAUUGAAGGGGAUCUGCCUAGUUCUCAUUCAGCAUUCAUUCAAAAACCUAUUCCAGUUCCCCAUAAAGCAUAACUUCAUUACUUUCCCAAAAAGCCAUUUUAGCAGGUAUAUCCCUCCCCCUCCCCCUC